AUGGCAUCUCCAGAUAUUGCUAGCUGGGCAGACCACGCACUUAUUCUUGUAAAGCAUGCAGACGGCUAUCUGUCUGCCCUUUACUCUCUCAAACAGUUACUUGACCUUGAAAGUAAACAGCCUACCGACCUUAUUGUCAAAGGUGGUUUAUCUGAUAUUGUAUUUGGAUAUGGCGGUGUACCAUUCACUAUUGAAUCUAUGGCACGACCAGCUGUCGAGAGAAUGACAAUAUUCAUUGAUCCUACUAUCACGGCACUGCAGAAACAGGUUCUGAAAAAAUUCCCCGACUAUGGUGACCUUGGAAAGAGCACGCCAGCAUUUCAAAAUGGAUACAUGGAAACUAUAGAAAGCACCAAAUCGUAUUUUCAACUGCUUGCUGCUGUUGCUGACUACUUGGAAAUGUGUAUUACCGCUUUAAAAACUGCUGGGAAAUUCACGCGACUAAAUCCAGAGUUUAAUCCAGAUCUGACAAAUACGUUUCUUGAUCUGUUUCUGGCCGUAACUUCCAUUAUAUAUCUGGUUGGGUCAAUAGGACCAGAAGUAAAACUUUUGGCUUUUGUGCAUAAUCGUGCAUACCAGACUCAAAGUGGUGGUCCAAAUUCCCCUGGAUGGUUAAAUGUGUCCAAACUGCUUACAGCCUAUCAAAAAUCAUCCAUAUUUCUUCAAGAAUCGCUAGCUCCAAUUGCAUCUCGGAUCAUUACCGUCAUUAUUUCUUUACGUCCAGAUGUUGAUUCACAGCUCGUAACAACUGCAGAGACCCUGCGCAAUGCGGGCACGUUUUCUGUUGUUCCGGAAAUGUACGGCAUUACUUCCAACCCGCCUACAAACCUCUAUUUAAAAUCAAUUAGCAGCCUCAUGAAACUAUUUAAAAUAUGUACGUUUGGAGUUUUAGCUGCACCAACAGAGGCGUUUCAGCAAACCGCUAGUCUAGAAAUACUGAAAACUGUGCUGGGCUAUGGGUCUGUUGUGCCCUUGAUUCGUAACGAAUUGAUGAAUCUAGGCACCGAGUUUGAAGUGACAUCAAAAUCAAAAGAAAAGAUCGGAAAACUAAAGUCUAUUGUAAAUGAAGCCUUUUCAGCUUCACAUUCACAGGCAAUUAUUUUACAUCGUGAUCGACGCCAAUAUAUUCGUGGCCAACUUCAGCAAAUGUUGGCGUUGUUGAACAAUGACAAUAUCUUGUCCAAGAAAUUUACGACAAUUGUGGCGGGCAUAUCCUUUGCUCGCGAUGAAAUUAUGUGGUAUUUUGUGCACAAUGACAAGGACCCAAAAAAGAAACGCGACUCGAAAUCCAUUGAUUUAAUAGUGAUUGAUUUGAUUUAUCUUGUUUGCGAGAUUGCCAACGGUCUUUUAAGUCGUCGAGAAAUUGCUCAGCGUGGUAUUGCAAAGCACAUUCGUGCAUUGGUAAUAUCUCAAAAUCUGCCUGCAGAAAUUGAGCUACUGAUGCAUGCACCUCAACUUCCACACGACUCGGCAGGUCUUAUCUUAUAUGGCAUUCACAGUUGCAUCAACUCGAUUCAAAAUUCAGAUAUUAAGGAACUUGCUAAAUCUGGCGAGUUUGAAGCUUUACGAUUAAAUAAUAUUCGCUUCCAAGCACAUGCUUCACUUCAGCAGGAGCUUCUACAAACAGAAAAUUAUUCUACUAUAAUCAAUCUAAUGUCCACUGUUUCUGAUCUCACAAAGUGGCUAGACAUGUAUGAUGAGCACAUUGCUGAAGCAUCUUCUUUCAAAUGUCUGUUUUUCUUUCAGACAUCACUUCAGGAGCAUAUAAAGGAAUGCUUUGAUACGCAAGCUGAUGCACUCCGCUCAAUUGGUGCUUUGGGAUCCAUUGUGACUGAUUUUAGUAACAAUUUGACUUCCAUUUGGCCAGCCGAAUAUAAUUGGUUAAACACGCAUACAAUCUGUUUUGCAACCGAGUUUUAUUCUGCACUUGGACAAUAUACAAGCGCAGUGGCUUACGAUGUUGCAAUGCAAAAAAUAGAAAUCCAAUCACGCACAUUGCCUCGAGAAACUGUUGCAUAUCUUCCAAAACCUUCGCGUGUGGUUUUAGAUGCCAAAAAAAAGGCACUGAAUCGUCGUCAAGCAUCAGAGCGACCUCUUGUUCGUCCUGGACUUGAAAGUACUCUUAAAGGCACUGAUAUUGAAGUCCAAAGUUUUGAUCGUCUACAAACGUUGAUGAAAAAUCUGAUUUUAGCCAUUUCAAAGCAGCCAAGUAUCAAAAUCCAGGAAGUGGAAUUUCAGCCCAUCGAGUUUUUUAUCGACUCGUUGGCAAACCGCUUUCGCAAUUUUUUGAACCAAGCAGUCUAUCGUAUUGAUCUGUUUGGCAAGGAAAUUGUUGGUCAGAAUAAAGAUGAUCUCAUGUCAUUUGAUGCAAAAAGACCAACAGUUUUAUUACACGAAAUCAAGUCGUUUAUGAUGAUUGCCAAGACAAUUGAUGGACUGGCUGGAACAGAUAUUGUAGCGGUGCUUCGUGAUAUUUUGAUUGAGCAGUCUGAUUUAGAAAAAGCUCGUGCAUUUACCAGUGGUGACGCAGAAGGAUUUGCUGAUCAAAUCAAGGGCAGGCAGGCACGCGAAAAGGGAAAACCGCCUGUAAUGAACGUUAUCCAGCCUUUUCUUGUGACUUAUAUGCAAUGGUAUUGCGAAUUUCUUUCCAGCAAAGCUGCUACUCGAAACACAGUUUAUUCGCAAAGCCGUCGCGCCUUUUGCUCUAUUUCUGCCAGUACUGUUGAGGCCCAGACAUACACCGAUGCACAUGAACUUGAAGCAUUGAGCGAGCUUAUUGGUCCACAAGGCAUCCAAUUCAUGGAUUUGAAACUUACACGACAAAUUACAAUACUGUGUGGAUCCAUCCAGGAAAUGAUUUUUCAAAACACGGAAGCACUAGAGUUGAUUAGUGUGUGCUGGACAGAUGAGUCUGUUAUGAAAGAGGCUCUCAGAAAAAUGAGACACAUGCGCGACUUUAUAACCAAGAUGAUUAGCGUGGGGAUUAUUUUGGAAUUUAGAAAGCUUAUGGCUAGCUCAUCCCGCCAUGUGAUUUCAACUAAAUUCCCAAAGAUCGAGGCGCUGGUAGUUGCCACUCAACACCAAUAUGGAGACUCUUGCACAGAAACUGAUAAAGAUUUCAAGGUACUUGAUAGUCUUGCAAACCAAAUUGGUAUGCGCGAGCGAUGCGAUGUGAUGCUAAAAUGGGCUCUUUCCGCACUUACAGCAUCCCAAACCGAUCCAGCCAUGUGGAGAUUUCUUCCAUACCUGUUUGCAGCAGCACUUUGGCAUACCAUAUUUGAUGAUUCUGUAGUUUACAUUUCGCAUCUAGAUGCCAUGGAAAACAAUGCACAUUGUAUCAUGGCGACAUUCUCAACACUGACUGCAAAUAUAAACUCAUUGUCAAACUCUCAAGAGUUGCAAAUGGCUAGCAACAUGCAUAUCGAGUUUUUCAAAGUGGCGGCCACACUACUGCUUUGUGCACCACAACACACUAGUGAAAAGGAUCGUGAGUGGCAGUCAAAAUCGUACGAUACAGUGGUGCUGAUUCUUCAACAGUUUUCAAGUACCUCACCCUAUAUCACGGCGGAUGUGGCUGAAAGAUACUUUCCGUACGCUAUGUUGCAAUUAUCCACUACUCAAAUAUUUCAAAAUCGUCUUCAACUCCAAUCAAGUCAGGGUCUGACAGCAACAGGACGUGGAGAUGAAGAUCCAGCCUAUUGA